GCUGACCGCUGGGCCGUCCUGGGCGCCGCGUCCUGCGAGCGGGGCCGCGAGCCGAGCGGACAGCGAUGGCGGCGGGGCUGCGGUUUGACGGGCGGGUGGUGCUGGUGACCGGCGCUGGAGGAGGUGAGCGACGCUACGCUACGCCACGCCAUGCCAUGCUACGCCGCGUUGCGUUGUGUCGUGCUGUGCCAUGCCGUGGAGGAGCUUUGUUGGCCCUCAGGGCUGUCGCUGCCUGAGGCCUGGCCAGUGCCCUGCCGGCGGUGGAGGCACGGGUGCUCCCGUUGGAGGGGGGUGCGGGGGCGGCGCGGCCGGGCCGGGGCUGUCCGGCAUCCCGCGGGGCCGCAGGGCCGUGCCAAGGCUGCGCAGAGGUGACCGCGGUGCCUCCUGCAGGGCUGUGUGCAGGCGGGCCGGCCGCUGCCAAAAGCAAACGCGUCGGUGCGCCCUGCAGAUGUGCGAAGUUCUUUAGAGGCACCUUCAGAUCCGCAGCUGUCUCAUACCAGGCAGCGGGGAAUCUCAGUCCGUGCCCACGCUGUGUGCCACCUCCUUCAGUCCUUGCCUUGGCGCUCGCUCACUGCUGUGUCCCAGCACAGGUAGCACCCGGCUGUCAGCCGAGGUGCAUCCAAGGUGUGUGGGGAGAGAGCAGCGGCAGUAGCAGGGUGCACAGGUGUCCCAGUGCUGCCAGUGGGCCCUGGCCUCUGCUGGGGCUCUGCUUCCACCAGGCUUUUAAGUUUGUUGUUGUGUGUUGUUUGUUUUUGGAGGGAGCUUCUGGAGAUCAUCACGCCCAGCCCCACUAAGAGCAGGUUCCCUGCAGCACGUUGCCCAGGAAGGCGUCUGGAUGGGCCCUGAAUAUCUCCAGAGAAGGCCACCCCGCAGCUUCUCUGGGCAGCCUGUUCCAGUGCUCUGUCACACUUAAAGGGGUUCUUCCUCAUGUUCAGAUGGAACUAUCUGUGUUCCAGUUUGUGCACGCUGCCCCUCGUCCUGUCACUGCAUACCACUGAAAAGAGCUUGGCCCCAUCUGCUUCUGCACUUUAGAUAUUUAUAAGGAUUGGUAAGAUCCCUCUGAGUGUACUCCAGGCUGUACAGCUCCCUCAGCCUUUCCUCACAAGAAGUUCUGCAGACCCUUAAUCAUCUUCGUGGCCCUCUGCUGGACUCUGGAAUAUCCCUGCCUUUCUUGAGCUAGGAAGCCCAGAGCUGGACUCAGUACCCCAGAUGUGGCCUCACCAUGGCAGAGUAGUGGCGCAGGAUCACCUCCCUCAACUGCUGGCCAUGCUCUUUUAAUGCAUUUCAGGAUACCAGUGGCCUUUUUGGCCACAAGGGCACGCUGCUGUCUCAUGGUCGAUUGACCACAUUGUCCACCAGGGCACCUAGGGCCUUCUUCACAGAGUUCCUAUAUACAGCACAUCAGCUGCUGACCUGUACUGGUGGUGCAUGCGGUUAUUCCUCCUCAGGUGCAGGAUGCAGCACUUCUCGUGGAACCUCAUGAAUUCUGAGGAGUUAGUGACAAAAUCUGUAGUUGUUCUUAGUUUUCCAUUAUCCUCUGAGGAGAAAAUACAGUGAAGUUUUCCUGUUUUUUUGUUUGUUUGUUUGUUUUGUUGUUUUUAAUAUGCUUAUUUUUGGGGCUUGGGUGUGAUGUCUUUUGGGUAAAUACCAUGCAUAAAAAAUCUUGUGGAAAGCAAUAAAUGAUUGAUUUGUUUUGCUUGUAGGGGCUGACCCUGACAAAAGCUAAGGGAGGCCAUGUUUUUGUGUGGUGCCUGUCAGCUUCUACCAUACCUAUACUGAUGUGCCUCUCUGUGUGUACAAAAGUCACUGAAGUAGAGGUUGAGUUCUUAGCUAAUAGAAAAACAGAACAAAUAAACACCUUUCUCAGUAGCAAAACUUCUAGAAAGCAGCAUGUGGAACAAAAAUUGCUUGUUGUAAGUAUGGGUACAGUGACCUUUGUACUUCUGGUCUUCAGCUGCUUGUAGGUGGUUUGUAAACAGAGAAAACUGUCCUUGGAUGUUUAUUUCACAAGAGUUUUUUGAUAAGUGGAUGAUUAAAUCCAAGCAAAGGUAAACAGAAGCCCUAUUAAUGUCAGGUUAGUUCUUGGUUUGUUUCUAUCUAGUUUAAAGCAUUGUAGUUAGCAUAUUGCCCAGAGAUGUGGUGGAUGCCCCAUCCUUGGAGACGCUGAAGGUGCUGGGUGGGGCUCUGAGCACUGUGAGCUAGCUGUAGGUGUCCCUAUUUGUUAUGGGAGAGUUGGUAUAGAUAGCCGUUAAGAAUAUGCUAUGAUUCUGUGAUAGUCUGCUAAUUGCCUUUUUUUGUUGACAUUGGUUGUUUUGAAUGGCAGUGAACAGAUGAGAGCUGAAAAUUUAUCUAAAACAUCUGCAUCAGUAGUUUGUUUCAAAGUGAGACCUGUAUUUUUUAUUUUUAAACGCUCUGCUCUUUCUUGCCAGUUGAGUGCGCUGGCACAUACUAUUCUUUGUUUUAUAACCUUUUGAUUAUAACUUUCUUUUUGCAUGGAAAUAGAGCCCGCAUCAUGGAUUUCAAUAACUUUUGACUGAAAGGGGCAUAAUGUCCCUGUGAGUAAAUCAUCUGUCACUACAAAUAACUAAUGUUUAACCCACCUAGCAUUAAAUCAGAGCAAAAGUACAAUAGACUUGCUUUUGUAUGUGAGGCAAAAAUUACAUUCUGCUGUUGGGCUAGGUGAGCUAUUUGUACCUGGCUAGCUGUGGUACUGAGAGAUUGCUUUGUACCCAGAUACUUGGAGGGGUUUUGUCGGUUUGGGCAGAGCUUAUGCUCUUGCUUUUGCCGAAAGAGGAGCUUCAGUGGUUGUGAAUGAUCUUGGAGGUGACUUCAAGGGAUAUGGCAAGAGCUCUUCAGCUGCUGACAAAGUUGUCAGUGAAAUCAGAGCAAAUGGAGGGAAAGCAGUACCCAAUUAUGAUUCAGUGGAAGAUGGUGAAAAGCUUGUGAAGUCAGCACUUGAGGCUUUUGGGAGGAUAGAUAUUGUUAUAAACAAUGCUGGAAUUCUAAGAGACCGUUCAUUUGUUCGGAUAAGCGAUGAAGACUGGGAUAUAAUUCAUAGGAUUCAUUUGAGGGGAUCAUUCCUGGUCACUCGAGCUGCAUGGAAUCAUAUGAAAAAUCAGAAAUUUGGCAGAAUAAUUAUGACUUCUUCAGCUGCUGGAAUAUAUGGAAACUUUGGUCAAGCCAACUACAGUGCUGCAAAACUUGGCCUUUUGGGUCUGUCAAACACGAUUGCAAUUGAAGGCCGAAAGUAUAACAUCCACUGCAACACCAUUGCACCUACUGCUGGAUCCAGACUGACCCAGACUGUCAUGCCACAAGAUCUCAUUGAUGCGUUCAAACCAGAGUAUGUUGCUCCCUUAGUUCUUUGGCUUUGCCAUGAGACCUGUAUGGAGAAUGGCAGUCUCUUUGAGGUGGGAGCAGGAUGGAUUGGAAAAUUGCGCUGGGAGCGAUCCUUGGGUGCUAUUGUCAGAGGAAAGGAUCAGCCAAUGACUCCUGAGGCAGUGAGAGACAAGUGGGAGAAGGUCUGUGACUUUAAUAAUGCCAGCAAACCAAGAAGUAUCCAAGAAUCUAUAAGUGUAUUGAAUGAUGCGCUAAGUCAGAUAGAGUCACAAGGGAGUAUAUCUAUGAAUUCCACAAAUUCUAGAUCAGUGGUCUCUUCAGCAGUUGACACAACAAGCCUUGUUGGCCGGGAGUUGACUACUAAGGUGUAUAAAUAUACUCACUUGGAGCCUAUUCUGUAUGCUCUUGGUGUGGGAAUGUCAACUAAGGAUCCAGAUCACCUGAAAUUUCUCUUCGAAGGAAGUGAGGAAUUCUGCUGUUUACCCACCUUUGGAGUCAUUCCAGCUCAGACUUCAAUGUUUGAUGGUGUUCCUUCUAUUCCGGGACUAGAUAUGGAUCUUGCAAAGAUGCUGCAUGGUGAGCAGUACCUGGAACUGUAUAAACCAUUACCAACCUCAGGUGAAUUAAGGUCAGUUUCAACUAUUGCUGAUCUACUUGACAAGGGUUCUGGAGCAGUCUUGCUUAUAGAUGUGAAUACCUAUUGCGGAAAGGAUCUAGUGUGCUAUAACCAGUUCUCUUUAUUUUUUGUUGGAGCUGGAGGAUUUGGUGGAAAACGAACAUCAGAAAAGGCCAAGGUAACAGUGAAUCCACCCAAGAGACCUCCAGAUGCUAUACUUUCUGACGUCACAACAUCUGAUCAGGCUGCCUUGUAUCGGCUUAGUGGGGAUUGGAAUCCCUUGCAUCUUGAUCCAAGUUUUGCUGCACUGGGAGGAUUUCAAAAGCCAAUACUUCAUGGACUGUGCACCUUUGGGUUUGCUGCUAGAAACGUCUUGAAGCAGUUUGCAAACAAUGAUGUGACCAGAUUCAAGGCAAUCAAGGUUCGCUUUGCAAAGCCAGUCUUUCCGGGGCAGACUUUACAAACAGAAAUGUGGAAGGAAGGAAAUAGAAUUCAUUUUCAGACCAAGGUCAAAGAGACUGGAGACCUUGCUAUUGCAGGGGGCUAUGUGGAUAUAGUAUCAGCCUUGGAUAAGCCUUCUGCACUGGAGCCUACUGCAGGGCUGCAGAGUGACCUGGUGUUUGAAGAAAUUGGCCGUCGCAUCAAAGAGGUUGGACAUGAAUUGGUAAGGAAAGUAAAUGCUGUGUUCCAGUGGGACAUCACUAAAGAUGGAAAAACAGCGGUGCAAUGGACAAUUGACUUGAAAAAUGGUUCUGGAUCUGUGUACCAGGGACCUGCAAGAAGUUCUGCUGAUACCACCUUCACACUCUCAGACCAGGAUUUUAUGGAUGUGGUGCAAAAAAAGACCAAUCCCCAGAAGGCAUUCUUUUCUGGUAAACUGAAAGUGAAGGGGAACAUCAUGCUAAGCCAGAAGCUGGAAAUGAUCCUGAAGGAUUACGCCAAACUCUGAACUUCUUGAUCAUCUGCCACAGCAGUGAAGAACUACAGAAGACAAAAGAUUAAAUUACUUCAAAAGCAGCAAUCGAAACAUUUUGCGGUUUACUUAACAUUAAUCUGAUUCAUUAUAUUGCUAAUAUACAAGUUAUUUUACUUGCUGUAGACAUAAAAUGGUGAAAUGACUAUAACCAUUAAUAUCCCUCCUUUGUUUCUCCGCAGCAGUAAAGAAUGAUUCUUCUCUCAUUGCACAUCUGUAUCUAAAUAAAAAAUUCUUACAAAGAUGCAUAUAUUUCUAUAUUAAUCCUAAAGAAAAUUAAAUGAUUGUACCUCUUUGAUAACUUC